AGUCUCACCUACAACUGGUACGUGUAAAACCAUGCUCUGCUUCAGCAUCACACUCUUGCUGUCAGCAACAUGCCUGCUUGUAAAUGCAGUUGCAGAGACAGUUACAACCUGUGAAGGUGACAAUGUCCAUCGACUAAGCUGCGAUAUUGGAGUGAUCAGUGUUGAGACGGUACUGUACGGACUUGCAGACAGUGGGAUGUGCAGUGAGGGAAAACCUCUGCAGGAGGUUUCUGAAAGCUGCUCUCCGUUGCGCACUGUGGAUAACCUUAAGACGAGGUGUAAUGGAAAAAGGGUGUGUGAAGUGACUGAAAGUGUCUUCGGAGCAUCUCAGUCCUGUAGUGGCACCUUUAAAUAUGUGCAGACCAACUACACCUGCCUCCCAGCAAUUCACCUAGUGACAUGUGAGCAUUCUGUGGCACACCUGCAGUGUGAUGUUGGGCAGAUUAUUCAUGUCUAUGGUGCUGACUAUGGACGCCGCGACCAGACCACAUGCUCAUACAAACGGCCUCCCUCUCAGAUCCAAAAUACUGACUGUUCAAACCCGACCAACAUUGUUUCUGACAGUUGUAAUGGGGAAAACAGCUGUACUGUAAAAGCAAGCAACUCAGUGUUUGGAGAGAGCUGUGUUGGUACUCUCAAGUACCUGGAGGUGGCUUACGUAUGUGAGUAUCCAGAUCCCAAGGCAGAGGAGUCAACCCGUAUUAAAUAAAAUAAAUUGAAUCAUCAGAA